CAUAUGAAAGAUGGCUACUAUCACGAAAUCUAACCAAUAUUAGUUAAAAAAUCAUAAAAGUCAUGACUAGUUAGUUUAAAAUAAGUAAGCAUUAUGACGAUAGAUGGAAAAUGGGAUGAUCCAAAAUAUACAGGCUUCAGCAAAUAUUUCAACAGCCACACAAUCAGGGGUAGGUCCAAUUGGGCCAAGUUAUGGGUUAGUGUUUAUGCCAUUACCUACAUAACAUAUAAGCUCAUAAGGAGAACUUCAGCAAACACCCCAGAGAGACCAGUUCAACAAGCAUUACUUCUCUCUGACAGUACAGCCGCCAGUAAACCGCCUGUAGUUGAAGAAUCGUCUGUGGUUGAAAAAUCGUCUGUACUUGAAAGUUCACCAGUAGCUGAAAGUUCACCUGUAGCUGAAAGUUCACCUGUAGCUGAAAGUUCACCUGUAGUCGAAAGUUCACCGGAAGUUGAAAAUUCACUUGUAGUUGAAGAAGAAACCAACUCGGGCAAAAUGCAUCAGCCAGGAAGUACACCUCCUGAUGGUUCGCCAUUAGAUUCUGAACAAAAAGGAGGAAACCCUGUGCCCAUGCCCGCGCAGCCCUAUUACCCUCCACCUGGAUGCUAUCCAUGUUAUCCACCACCUUUCUUUUUCCAACCUCCCCCAGGACAGGGUUCAAACCAACUUCCUCCUGGACCAUACUAUCCACCUUGCCCAUAUCCAUAUUAUCCUUAUGCAAUCCCACCAACUUCUCCUAAUAGCACAUGUUCAUCGUCUUUUGGACAAGGAACAGAAUUAUAUCAAGAUAAUUCUGCCCCACCAACCCAAACUCGUCCUAAAAGUCCUGACUCCUUUCCUCCAAGUCUUCGACAAGAACAAGAAGAAUCGAAUUCAGAUGAUUAUGAAAAUCAAUUUCCUUCCUCUGAUGAAUAUCAGGAAGAAUCGAAUGGUGAACAGGAAGAAUGUAUACCGUCAGACGAUUGUCCCGAUGUGCCCAUUGAACUUUCCUCAUCUCGUCAAAAAGAUCUAAAAUCCGAAUGUUGUCCUUCUGCCGAACAUCUCAAUCAGAGGAAUAAACAUUAAGGAAAAAUCAGGCAACUAAAUUUUUGAAAAUAUAAAAUUCAAUAUUCAAUAAAUAUUUAAUUUUAUUGGUGAUAUAAUGUUUUUUGAUAAUUAGUGCAAUAUAAAUACAUUUAUAAAUAGGCUUACUCAAU